AUGAUCUUCUCUCGAGGUGGCACUCCUCCCCCGCAGCGCAAACGCGUCAAUGACAUCUGCAAGCUUUUGCUUUGCAUGCUCAUGCUGGGAUGUUUGACGUUCAUUGCUUCAUAUCUGCAGCAGCGAGACCAGCGACUUGCUUCUUCGUCCUUGACGGCCCAAAUCUCUGAAUUCAAGGCGCAAUCGCAGCUGGAGAAGCAGCCGAAUUCUGCCUUACAAGAAAUCACUAUCGAAGCAGCGAAGACCGAAUUCCCAACUGAGGCAUGGGAUUCAAUCAUGGACGUUUAUCAACGAAUCAACCAAUCUUCAUUGUCGUCGACUCGUGACGGGAACCACAGUAACAACUUCAGCUUGCCAGUGUUACGGAAACGACAGUUUCGUGUGCCGGACAUGGAAUGUCCUGAACCUGACGAUGUCUUCGGUGGUGCUUGGUGCGCUGAAUUUGACGAGGACGAACGACACAUAGAUCCAACACAGUAUUUUAUUCGAUGUGGUGAUGAGAUCGAGGAUGAGCUUGACCGAUAUUGCGAGGAUACUGAACUCUGCAUCAAUGUAGAAGCUACGGCUGAGGAUGGUCACCACACAGUAGUGUGCGUGCAAGACGAUGGAGAGGUCACUGAUGUCGGCAAUGACAAAGAUAUGACGAUUUACAAACAGAAGACCCACCUGAUGAUGGGGAAACAUCAGAUUGAAGGCACAAGCAAAAAUGAUACUUCUUUCCUCUUCAAAGAACAUGGACAACAACGUCGAUACAGGGCUGUAGCUCUUACCGCUUUCUUCUUGACCUAUCACGAGCCUUUUGAACAAAGCCAGCAUCGUUGGCUAGUGCAGCCCAAAAUUCAGCCAGUCGCAUGCGCGCUCGAGAGAACAGGCGAGAAGCUUUGCAAGACGGAUAUAAGCAGCACAUCCAAGAAUCCUUACAUAUGCGAGUCCACCAAGUUUCACAAUGUUGAGGAAACCACACCAAUUCACUGCUCGUUUGAGCUUGCAGCUACACAAAUUGCUCUCUUCGUCUACGUUGUCGUCUGGCGCGACCCGAUCGUAAAGAGCAUCGUUUUGUAAGAUUCAUGCAUCCUUUGCGAUCUGCAGCUGAUCAAGUGCCGUAGUCAUAAAAAUACUGUUUCGCUCUUGCCAUUGCUUUGCCAACAUCUUUGCGCGCCUGAAACAUGCAUUUCCUGACCGUGUUAUGCAUACUGACGAGACCGCGAGAUGCUCUUUGCCUGUCGCUCAAGCGUGAGGGCGUCGUCAUUCCUAGAUACAGACCCACAUGAUAAUUGCCAACCCUUUGAAAAAAUGCAAUCAAGUGAAUGCGCGGAGAUGAGUGGUACAGGCGAUAAGUCAAGUGCACCACAGUGGUUUUGUGGGAAGGCGCGGGAUAAUCAUAGCGUAAAUAAGCGGGACAAAGCCGAUGUGGAGAUGAGCUGGCAUUGGUCGUGAACAGCAUAACCCUGUGAGCGUGACUGAUCGUGAAUAUCAGGCAAUGCGAGUGAAAAGGUGUUAGCGUGUAGGACUGGUAAGGAAGUCGCCGCAGUAGAUUUCUCACUUUG